AUGGGUACAACAAUCGGUCUUGGUCGUCGGACCUUCGGCUUGCUUAUCGUACUAGUAUGUCCGUACUUGAUCAUGGAAGUUAUGGCGACAGGACUAGGGUUUGACUUGAACGAGCCGCCGGAGGAAAGCUAUGUCGACCUGGUCUCUUCAUCGACAGAUUCGGCCACGCCGCCGCUGUCCGGCAUGACUUCGGAAGUCUUUCCCGGCGGCAGCAAACGGAAAGCUGACCAAGAAGUGCAACACUCGAGUCCCAGCCCUUCUUCUCGCCGUGCUCGUCUCUUGCUGCCUCCAGACGAGGGCCGUUCAAGCUCAGAUUUUAUUAAUAAUCCCAGGCUCGCCGCCAGCCAGGGUCAUUCUCAAGGGAGUCCAGAGGGUGAUCAAUCGGAGCGCCACCUGCCGGAUUUGCCCGAGCUCGAGCAGAAGCUCUGGGAUGACAUGGACUAUAGUCAUCUCUUAGCACACGGCCAAAUAAUUGAAGAAGUUCUCCACGGAUUCAGCGAGCGUUUCCAGGCUAGGAACAGUGCCGAUGAUGGCAACUUCGCCCGAUGGACCUCAUCCGACAAACAUCCAACCCUACCAGUAGCCCGGAUCAGUCGGCUGGGCCAGCCCGAUCACAAGCUAGCCAAAAUCCUGCACCAUAAACGUGCUCACAAACAACGCAGCUGGCGGCUAUAUACGCUCUACAAUCGCUUGGCUGUCUCGCUCUUCCAGCUCCAUGCUCGAUUCUUGUCACUCCUUAAUAUUCCCAUCUUGAACCAUAAAGACCAGCAAGAAAAAUUCUUCCUGUGGCUCGAAAAGGAAAUCUAUGAGCCCGCCAACCACGGCCAUCCCAUUCUUGGACCGGCUCCUCGACCUGAAUUGUCGUGGAAGGCUAAUCUGCCCAUGAUGAAAAUAGGCAUCGUUCAAGAAGAGUUGAUCAAGUAUUUCUCAGAGCAGCGCGCCGAUCCGAGCUUCUCUACAUCACAUCUCUUAGGAAUCUACCGAGUUCAUCAUGCAAACGAAUAUUUAGGAUUGAGUCGACCGUUCAAGCUGACGGUCGGAGGUCCCAAUGGAUUGAUGAUGAAAGUACACUUGGAAGAAAUCCAAGAUUCGCUAAGAAUCCUUGCCGAAGAAUUGAAGCUAGAUUGGAUGUCCGAAGGGAUAAUCCAGGACCGAAGAUCACGAAUAGCCCGACAAGACCACGGCUUUUUCUGGCCAUUCACAUCCCAGAUCGAGCAACAGUAUUACACGAUGGAGCACCACCGGAAAGCGCUGCGAAGCUAUUAUCCCCACCAUCCGAUCUCGCUCUGUUCUUCCAAAGAAAGCCCAUCCCUGCUGUGUCCUCUAACCAUCGUCAAUUCUCGCGACGGAACGCUGAUCGAAUUGAGAGAUCUUCGGCCUAGGUUUGGGAUCCUCUUGCGUUCGUUGGAUAGAUUACAUAGCGAAGCCCUGAAAAAACUUCAACUCGAUGGGAGUGGAGGGGUCUGUAGCAGAGAACCCGUGAUCGAGUUUCUCGUCAAAUCAAUCAUCCAGCCAGAAGAUAGUCUUCCUCUAAUAGGCUCAGUUGAAGCACCUGAUGGGAUCCCGCCCUGGUUCAAUGCCGCCUAUGAUCGCAUAAGCUCCUUUGGAGAACUUCAGUUGAAAAUCCUUGAUUACUUUGCACUUGAUUGUUUGACUAAUCAAAGCGUUGAGGAUCUUUCUUUAUACGUUUUGGCUACUUGGUACCAAACCCAUCAUCCAUCGUUCUCAAACUCCUUAAUUUCUCGUCUCAAAUAUCCUCAGAAUCAAGAAGCAUUGUCAAAAUGA